GCUAAAAUGAAUCGAACUUCCCUGUGCUACUUGACUAUCAGUCCGUGCAUGCGUGGACAGCCCUCCUUCUGUUCAUUUCCCAGCAGCACUACAGGGAGCAAUGUCUGUGAGAAACAGCUGUUUCCUUCGACAAGGACUCUAGUUAUGGAGUUUGAAAGUAAAAUAUACCCUCAAAUUGGUGGAUAUGGGCGAUACAACAGGAUCAUAACGCUUUUCAGCUGGUUUCCAAACUUUGCGGUUUCGUUGAAUCUCUUAAGCGAUGUUUUCUUCACGCUCAUUCCCGAGUCUUACCACUGCAACCCUGAUCUGGCGUUACUACCACCGUCUUCUCUUCUCGGAAACCUCUCCAGGCAAGCGUCCCUCAAUCUCACCACCCCAUGGCUGAAGGGGUCUGGGUUCAGUCACUGCGAACUGUACAAGUACCCGCUGAAUAUGAGCAGCUACACGGAGAACGUGCCGAGAGACGUGGUGCCGUGCACUAGAGGAUGGGAGUACGGCAAACCCGCGGGUCUCCAGAACAAUUUAGUGACCGAGUGGGACUUAGUAUGUGCCAACUACUGGAAGAUUCCACUCCAACACAUUUGUUUUAUGACAGGCUGGACCUUGGGCUAUAUACUCCUUGGCACUAUGUGUGACUGGUUGGGUCGUCGGUGUGCUCUGCUGCUGUCAGUGGUUCUCUCUGGUCUGCUGGGAAUCAUGGCUUGUCUUUCUAACAGUCCUUCUGCAUUCCCAUUUCUUCGACUCUGCCAAGGCUCAACAUUAGCUGGAGUGUUUUUGUCAUCUUAUAUUGCACGACUGGAAUGGUGUGACCCGCCUCACAGACUCAUGGUGUCCAUGGUCAGUGGCUUCUUUGCCGUGUUUGCAGAGCUUUUGUUGCCAGGGCUUGCCGUGCUUUGUCGUGAUUGGCCUGUACUUCAGGCUGUUGCCACACUGCCCCUGCUGCUAUUACUUUCUUAUUGGUGCUGUGCUUCAGUGUUCCCAGAAUCUCCUCGUUGGCUCAUAGCUACAUCUCAGAUUUCUCAAGCAAAGAAGUGUCUCCAGUCUUUUUCAGCACGAAAUGGCAUGUGUGUUAGUGAUGAGCUCUACCCUGCCGAAACACUGCUGUCAGACCUGCAUGGAGGGCUUGUUCUGGUUCUGUCUGUAGUGGGUCUCCUCUCGUCUCAGGCUUUGGCCAUGCUCAGUGUGUUCUUUGGCAGUGAAGUCAUGCCAACUGUUGUCCGUGGUGGUACAUUGGGCCUGAUCAUGGCCGCAGGCUGCGUGGGAAUGGCUGCAUCCUCUCUAAUGGAGCUCCAGAAUAACGGCGGCUAUUUCCUCCAUCACGUGAUCUUUGCCUCCUUCGCCGUUCUCUCUGUCCUGUGCAUCAUGUUGCUGCCAGAGAGCAAACACAAACCUCUGCCAGACUCGCUUAAAGAUGGAGAGCGGCAACGACGUCCUCCUCUCUUCCUCUCACGCAUCAACCGGGACAACCCACCCUUACUGCGCAUGCAGCCGCAGAGCUCAGAGUACAACCGGGAUAAUUACUCCCGUCUCGUCACUGCCACCAAAAAGAUGCUCACCACAGAUGCUCUGCCAUACAAGAUCUCCAUUUCGCCACAAGCACCUCUACUGGCCAGUAAUGGCACUGCUCCAGACGCCAAUGACGACUCGUCCUAGCAUUUCACCAAAGCUGUUUUUGACACGCAGGACCUCAUCUCAUAGCAUGACCAAUUUGGUCACUGCGUCUUUUCCCAGGGAAGACGUCGUCUUGGUGCUUAAAAUGUGGAGUAUGUUGAGUAUUUGGUUGAUGAAUGGUGAAGUGUUCAGUUUUUUUGUGACUUUGUACAUUUAUUUUGUAUUGUUUGGGAACCCAAACUCUAUGCAGAGAUGUUGCUGGGAGACUCUGUCCAUAGUUUAUAAGCUUAAACAUCAUGUCUCUCCUUUAUGUUUGAAUGAAGUUUAAGAUUUAGUACCAUACCCACUAAUAGUCGCCUGAGAGUCAUCGCCUGUCCACUUAGUGGGUGCAUCUCAUGCCUCUCAUUAGUGUAGUCUUGUGACUAAAA